CUCUCGCUCCGCUUCACCGUCUAGUCAAGUGUCUCGAAGCCGACAAACAGAGCUUCGUCGCGGCGUCUAACUGGCCGUCAACCGAACACCCGACGGCAGUCAUGGCGGCGCCGUUAGCCCACUUCGACGAGGACUGGCAGGAUUUCAACGAGUUUCAGCCGCCCGCGGCGUCGGACGACCGGCUGAACUGUAAUGCGGGGGAACCGUCGUCGGGCCUGGACGAUUUCUCGGACCUGGACCACAGUUUCUCCGGGGAGAUCUGCAGCUUCAAGUCGAUGGAGGACCUCGUCCAGGACUUCGACGAGAAGCUGACCGUGUGUUUCCGAAACUACAACACGGCGACGGAAAACAUCGCGCCCGUCAAACCGAUCACGGAGGAAGACUACCUGAAAGACGACCACGUGUGGAACGCGCUGACGGACAACUAUGGCAACGUGAUGGCUGUGGACUGGAAGACGUCGCACACUCGCUCCCUGCACCUGCCCACCCUCAACAUCUCCGAGCACGAGAAGUCAAACCAGCAGUCUCUGGAUCUGUCCGACGACGAGGAGCUCAGGGACCAGAUGGAUAUGCACUCCAUCAUCGUGUCGUGCAUCAGCGACGAGCCGCUCUUCACAGCCGAACAGGUGAUCGAGGAGAUCGAGGAGAUGAUGCAGGAGUCUCCAGACCCGGAGGACGACGAUAGCCCCUCCCACUCCGACCUGUCCAUGCUGUCUCAAGACCUCCCGGGCCUGAAGCGCUCGGGCUCCAACACCAGCUACGAGGACCGCCUCCGUCAGCUGUCCGUGUCUGAGCUGACGGAGACGUUGGACGGAGUGGAGACGGCCAUUUGCCGCUACAGCGAGGAGCUGAUCCAGGCUCUGGCCCUGCGCGACGAGCUGGACUACGAGAAGGAGGUGAAGAACAGCUUCAUCUCGCUGCUGAUCGACGUGCAGAACCGACAGAAGGAGCACCGCGAGCUGCUGCGCAAGAGGAAGAAGGUCCGAAGUACGAGCAGCACCAGGCCCAACGGCCAGAGGACGGGCAGCACGCACGUCCCGGGCACGGUGGGUCACGUCUGCUCCGCGCGCACCGCCGCUUCCUCCAAGCAGCUCCUCACUCUGGAGGGACUCUCCAAUGUCAUUCAAAAUGGCCUCCGUCAAACGUUUGGCCACCCAGCAGGGGACAAGCAGUACCUGACCACAGUAAUCCCGUACGAGAAGAAAACUGGCUACCCAGCAGUGGAAGACCUCCAGAUCCUCACAAAGAUCCUCCACGCCAUGAGGGACGACAGCGAGAAGGUCCCUGCGCUGCUGACUGACUACAUUCUGAAAGCUCUGGUGUGAGCGCAGUGGAUGCUGGAGUACUUUGUCCGACGUGAAAGCUUCCGUCGGACCACCAGAAGAAGGUUCCCCCACUUCAUGGAUUCACAAUCUAAAUCUUCCCGUCUCCCCUUUUUCCGCUUGUAAACUUUGUGGCUUUGUUAUUUUUGUUUUCCCCGGCCACUGUUUGUUUCUCCUAAGAUCUUAACUUUAGAUUUAACUCUUUUAUAUUUAUUUUCAUAUGUGAUGUUUUAUCUUCUUGCUGAUGGACGCCAGUAGUCCGUGUCGUCACUUCCAGAUUAUCUCCUGAAUGGAGCCGGUGGGGUUUAUUUGUGAGGGCGGUGCAGUCCAGCCUCUGUUUAGUGCAUCUCAUGCAUCUACGUCAGUGUCGUUCAGGCCUGACGGAGGAAACCGCCUCUGACCGAAUCUGUGACGAACCUCCAGCAUGAAUCCUUGUUCUGUUCCUGUAGGGAAACAUUUGCUGACGGAUCACGUGUAAUAUCUCGGGGUUAAAGAGAUUCAUAUUUUUAAAAUGCAGUUUCUGGGGUCAAACUGUCUUACAGGCCGGUUUGGGUUUUGAAGUUGAAUGUUAAAAUGAAAUAUUUUGUAUACGAGAAGAAAUUGCACAGUUUUUGAGACUUAACUUUUUAAAAGCAGGAGAAAGAAGUGAAGCGACGUCAAACGGCUGCACGAACAAAUAGAUGAAGCCUAUUUUUGGAGAAAGAAUAGUUUAUUGGAGAGAUUAGGGACUCGCCCCCUUUUUUGUGACCACAUUGCAAAACAAAAUUGAACAAACGCUGUCCAUUGACCUCCGACCCCCCCCCAGCAGUGCCCCCCCGACUACUUCACCACCUCCCAGGAGCCGUCGUUACACGAGUCUGAAAAUACCUCGUACUAGUCCUUUGCAUCCGUAGAAAAAGGUCGUACCGUUAAAUAAAUGUAUCGUGCUGAAGAUGUUCGGUCUGAUAAACGUGUAGAUAAGCUUCACUUCCUGGUUUGUUGUCUGUUAACCUCUGACCUCUGGGGAGGUUUGGUAGUAGCACUUUACCCGCCGUGUAGUAGUGGAAUAUACUUAGAGUGCGUCUCACCAGAUUAGUGUUGGACAGCGGUGUCCACGUGAGGGACGGAUGUCCUUCGUCCACCUCGUCCCUGUGUUCGUCAUCACCAGCAGGUUAAACAACCCUACAGCGUACUGCACUGGAUCAACACGUUACCGUGGGAGUGGAUGUUGGAAGAUCAAUCUAUUGAGUUGCAUCAUGGGAAAUGUAGGUUCUUAUCUCAUCGAACCCGUGCAAGUCCCCCGAGGGGUCACGCCUGCGUUGCCCUUUAAAAAGCUAAAAGCACCAGGAUCCAGGGUCACCUGGUCACCUGGUCACCGGGUCACCGGGUCAGAGCAUCAGCUCGUGCAGGUCGAGCUCUCAGGUAGAAUCAUCAUCAUCAUCAUCAUCAUCGGCGGCUGAAGCGCGUUUUCAGAGGUACCGGCCCCCCGGGUCUUUCUGUGUCUGCACUUUUAUCUUUCUACAAAUCUCUGAAGACCCGGACGAGGCAGCAGAGGAUCGAUUAGAGCCUCGGGACCCGGGUCCGUUACAGACGUUGGUGGUUCGGGCUUCGGGGUCCUGAACUCGUAGCUAGAGAUGAAACCGUAGCAUCCGUUGGGAGGCCGAGUGAUGAUGGGUGCACCCGUAACAUCUAACGGCGAAAACAGGAUUCCACCUUUUUACUGGUGGAACAUUUGGAGCGUGUCGCGUUGAAGCCGAAGAGGAUUUAAGUUCAUGGAAGUUGGCAAAGCUGCACAGCCGGUUGCUCAACGCUGAGGCGCCCGCUUGAAUCCUUUGUGGCAGACGGAGGCGCGUAGAGCCGUAUUUAACUCUUUCUACGUAUCUGUUGUUCCAACUGCUCUGCAAACAGUCCAGCAUGCAUUCGUCUGGUUUACAGUUGAUCUCACACUAAAGGGACACGUGCACGUUGCUGCGGGAGGCAGAAAACGCAUUUAACUUAAACUGUUGUCUAUCGAAGGACGGCAAAGAUCACAAGACUCGUGUCUGUGAAACGUCCCUCUGUUGAUGCUCAUUUUACAAAAGCUAAAAGUCUUUUUGGUUUUGGAUUUGAAAUGAAAGUUCACCCCUCGGCUGGUCUCUAGUGGUCCGACAUAUCAGUGUAACUACAAUUUAGAGAUUUAUAUUUAUAUAUAUGUUCAACAAAGCGAGCAACAGAAAAUAAGCUGCCUUUGUAAAUGCCUGGACAUUUUGUACAUUAAACCGACUCCUUAUGUUUUUAAUGAAAUACUAUUAUGUUUCUCUCAUAUGGUACUGCAGUAAAUUAAUUUAUUUUGUAAAUGUUCUGUUUUUUUAACCAUAUUAUUGACCGUAAUGGUACAUGUGUUUGUGUGCCCACAAUGCAUUGCAACUCAUUUCAAAUAAAUUCAUAUGUGAUGAA